AUGAAACGCAAAAUAUUUUCGGCGGGAUUAUUCAAUCUGUGCGACUUUAUAAAGGGCCGUAUGGUGUUGAGGAAUUGCAUGGCUAAAUCUUAUAAAGCCCUGGAGGCUCAAGCCUUGCAGAAUUUAGGAGAGUCAGAGGAUGAAGACGAAGAUUCCGAUGGUAGUCGCACCGGUUCCGAUGGUGAUAGCUCCAGUUCUGAUGAUGAAUCGACUGAAAGUCCUGAACAGCCUGACACAGGAGCUCCAAACAAUACAGUAGAGUCUAAGGAGAAUAAUGUUCGAGGUUUAACAAGAUUGAAGAAGCUAAAGAAAAAUUUUGACGGCGAGAAGCAUGUGAUAGAAUUUGAUAAGUUUGGUCGAUUUAAGGGGAAAUAUAAAGCUGAAAUUGCUAGUUACAUGGGUUCUGGAAAAUACAAACAAAAGUCUCCUGCAUCUGAGCAUCUACCCCUUAGUUCACCAGACAAUUCUCAAUCGAAAGACAAAACUGAACUUUCAACGAUUGGUAAAUGCAAACUGGCUCAUGCUUCACUGAGAAAUAUCAUUGCAUGGGGUUCGGUUCUUCCAUCAGUGCCAGGUCAGAAGGUUCAUGGAGAUCCACUCCGGGAUGAUUGUGUCAGAGUGACGGUUGAAAAGUCGAUAUUAAAGAAUCAUUGUUUGCCAGUCCCAUCUACUCAUCUCAAAACAGUAGAGGAUGCUGAAAAAUCUAUAGUAGCUUGGCCUAAAGAAUUUGUACUAGUGGUUGAGGACUCCGAAGAAUUGGAAAAUGAUGAUCUUCACACUGAUGUUAGUGAGGCCUAUCAGAGUGGGGAGUCGACGUUGUUAACAACUGUUGAAGCGGACGAUAUUCAAGAAAAUCAACUACAACGAGAUGAUGAUGGUGAAUAUGAAACGAUAGAUGUAGACUUUGUAAUUACAGAUGGUUCAAUCGAUGAUGAAGAGGAGGAAGAUGACACGUUAUUUGACUAUACUGAUGACUUACCAGAUGAAGAGGAAGUUGUGGUGAAUGAUGAAGACACUGACAUUGAAGACUAG